CAAGCGGGAUUUUCUGCUUCUGGCGCGAGGAGGAACCAAAGGCGGGGACUUUUGACGUAGGGAGUUUUGUUGAUCCGUUGCCAGGGCGCAAGCGUGAGACUUGCGUUUAGCCAGCACCCCCCUUUGUGUUGUACAGCAACACUCUGCAGCAAUCUCGGACUGAGUUGUAAAGGAGUUGGAGCCAGAGGACUGAGAGCGGCUUUGGAGAUCCAGAAGGCAGGCGGACCUGAGCCCACGCUUGCUGAGACAAGUCAGAAGUCAAGGUUAUGUCCCCCCAAGGGCUAAGAGACUGCCGCGGUAACCCAAGAACAAACUUGGACCCAUACCUAAUCUAGGAGCUUCAAAAUCGGCAUUCCUCAUUGAAAAAGAUGUAUAGGGUAGACCUAUCACCAGAUGCCAAGGAGGUGGCAGCUAUUGAGGCUAGAAGAAAUCGAGAAAAAGAUCGACAGAGCCGAUUCUUCAAUGUGCAAAACCAAGUCAUGGGGGUGAAUGUGGAAGCCCUGAACAACCAAGUGGAAGAGCAAAAGCUUCAGGAGGCAACAGAACGAAAUAAGGAGGCAGCUUAUGAUACCAAGAAAGUGCAGUAUGAUCUGGUAGUCCAGAUGCUAGAAAAGGAGGAGGCAAAACGAGCACGUCGUGUGGCCAAGAAAAUCCAGGAUUUUCGACAGCAGAAGCAGGAAUUCAAGAACAGAUGUGAAUGUGAACUUCAGGAUGCAGCCCGAUUCCAAAGGAUUCCAGUCCAGUUCCAGCAGUAUCCAGCCCAAUUCCAGGAAUUUCCAACUCAAUUCCAGGAGUUUCCAGCCUGUCUCAGUGACAAAGUUCCCUUCAGUGGCCCAGCCAGCAUGCAGUGCUUCUUGGGGGAGGGCCUGCAUAGGGCCUCAUUCCUGAGAAUGCAACAGCAGCAGUUCAGGUAUAACCUGGAAAGGCAGCUGCAGGAACAACAGCAAGUCAGGGCUGAAGAAAAAUAUGCAGAUAUGCUUAGUGACCAGCAGCACCUAGUCAUGGACAUGAGGGCUGCCCAGAUGGCCAGGCUGGAAGAGUCUUGUUGUGUUGCCAUGUCGUCUGCCAGAGCCAAUGCCAACAAAGUCCAGGCAGCUAAGCUGGCUGAGCAGCAGCGCCAUGAACAUCAGCGCCAACAGGAAGCCAACCUCUCAGACAUACAGAAGCAGACCACCAGUAACCUCCUGACUGAGAACCCCCAGGUUGCUCAACACCCCAUGGCUCCCCACCCAGUCCUGCCCUAUUGCUGGAAGGGUAUGACUCCACAGCAGCAAGCUGACAUCAGGAAAGCCCAGGAAGCACAAUGCCAUGAGAAGAAGGCACAGCGCCAGUCUGAACAAGCACUGGGUACUGAAUGGGCAAGCCAAACUAUAUGCUUGGCCCAAGCAGCGCUGGAGCUAGAGGAGCAGGAGAGGGAACUGUGUGCUGAAUUUCAGAGAGGGCUCUGAAAUUUCAGCUCCUUCAGCCAGCAGCCGGCCAAGGAUCAAAAGGCCCAGCAAAAUUAUCUGAAUUCAAUAAUUUACACCAAUCAACCUACAGCCCAAUAUUAUCUACAGUUCAACACCAGCAGCUGCUGAACUCAGGAUGAUCACAUCUCCCUUCUUUCCUAUUAAGCUCACAGAUGGUUAGGAGUCAAAGAGAAAAAUACUGCAUACCCCCACCUUGAAUCCAUUCCCUAGUGGGAGAGUGUUAAGCCAAUACCCCUAUCUUCUAUCCAAGGCAAUAAAGUUAUUCACUAAAGUCAAA